CUAGCAACGUAUGUUUUUGUUGUCAUUUUCAUACGUUUCUGCUUUCAUAACAGCCUUUGACGUGUUUGACAGAGGCCUUUGUUCGUGACCUCACGGAUCUCCAACGAUGAGGGACUGUUCAUGUGAGCAGAUCUAUUCAUGGACCCGCAUGUGUGCUCUCCAUAUGCAAAUCGGGUGAUGGUGAAGGAACAGAACCCGCGCAUCUGCACAGCAGAACGGUUCCACGGGUUUCAGGGGAACCGUCCUCCGCCGGCUCUAGUUCGCCCUCCGGGAACCUCAGCUGCUACCUGCCGGCCGUUCGGCGCUCAGAGGACCGACGUGCGUUAAGAAAGCGGCAGAAAACAAAUUAGCUAGCGGGCUUUCUGGCCGCACACCGCGGGGCUCCACUGACUUUUCCCCGCAUGCAAAAACAUGCAAAAGGUAAAUACCGAGGCGGAGGGAUACAAACACCAGUACAGAACAUGGCCGUCACCUCCGUCAUGUCCUCUCCCAACACCGCCCCCUUCAGACCUUCUACUCUGUGAUUGGUCCAGCCAUUCAACGCCAGUUUCCUAUUGGAUUAGGGACGUGUCAAUCACAGGGUGACGUCACUGACGUCGAUCGUACAGUGGGAAAGCUGUGUCGCCUGGGUGGACAGUAUAGUUACAUCAACAAAAGUGGAAUAAAAUGCCGCGGAUUUGUGUAAAUAAAGAGGCCACUUCAGCGUUUUUAUUUCCCGCCUUUUGAUUGAGUCGGCUCGUCUGUGGAGUGAGCGGCGGCGGGUCCAGUGUCCGUGUUUCUCAGGAAAAUAUCGGGACGGACGUUCCCACCGCAGCAGCUGCUGGAAAAUUGGUCUCAAGUCCCUUUUGAAUAAGCGACGAACUAAGGGCCGCCGCUGUCCGCCUCGGCUGGCUCUCACCUGUGCUGCACCUGUCUUCACUGCUGCCAAGCGGUCUCACCUGGAGAGAGAAAUGCGUCUGACAGUGAACCCUCAGAUGGUCGACUGUGCCUGAGUUUCUCCUGCAUCUCCAUUCUCAUCUUCAUCAAGGACUUCUUCACCUGACCCACAUCAACAUUUGUUUUAGCAACUGCAAAGCAUCAUGGGUAGAAAAAAGAUCCAGAUCCAAAGGAUCACAGAUGAAAGGAACAAGCAGGUAACAUUUACUAAACGGAAGUUUGGGUUGAUGAAGAAAGCCUACGAGCUGAGCGUGCUGUGUGACUGCGAGAUCGCGCUGAUCAUCUUCAACCACGCCAACAAGCUGUUCCAGUACGCCAGCACCGACAUGGACAAGGUGCUGCUGAAAUACACAGAGUACAACGAGCCGCACGAGAGCCGGACCAACGCAGACAUCAUCGAGACUUUGAGAAAGAAAGGCUUUAACGGCUGCGACAGUCCAGAACCGGACGGAGAAGACUCUAUCGACCAAAGUCCGCUCAAUGAUGACAAGUUCCGCAAGACCACAGAAGACCUGGACGUUCUCUUCAAGCGCUAUGGACAGUCAGCAGCUCCGCCCCAAACCUUCUCCAUGCCAGGUGCAGUCCAGGCGACCAAUCAGAGCCCGCUGCAAUUCAGUAACCCUGGCAACGCGCUGGUAACUACCUCCUACGUCACAUCAUCAUCGCUCACGGAAACCCAUCUCCUGUCGCCACAGCAACCUGCACUGCAGAGAAAUACGGUCUCUCCUGGGUUACCACAGCGACCAGCCAGUGCAGGUGCUCUUCUAGGAGGUGAUCUAAACAAUUCAAACGGAGGAUGUCCAAGUCCAGUCCCUAAUGGAUACACCAGUGCCAGGGCCUCCCCAGGUCUCCUCACCGUUUCCAACGGCAACAGUCUGGGAAAAGUAGCCCCAGCCAAGUCACCACCGCCACCUCCCAGCCCCCAGAUGGUCAACAGUCGCAAGCCAGACCUCCGAGUCAUCACCUCGCAGGGCGGGAAGAGCCUGAUGCAGAUGACAGAGGAUGAGCUGGAGUUGGUAAAUGAGAACGCCCAGCGGCUGGCGGCUGGAGCGCAGGCGACCCAGACCCUCACCACGCCGGUGGUCUCCGUUGCCACGCCGAGCCUCCUGGCACAGGGGCUGCCCUUUUCCGCCAUGCCCACGGCGUACAACACGGAGUACCAGCUGACCAGCGCCGACAUCAGCGCGUUACACGCUCUGGCGUCUCCUGGCGGCUUGCUGCCGACCAACGUGUCAACAUGGCAACAGCAGCAAGGCGUUUCCCAGCAGCCUCAGCAGCAGCAGCAGCAGCUCAACCUGGCGUCUCUGGGAAACCUGGUCAUGUGGGGCGUGGACAAACAGAGCAGCGAGCUGUCUAGCCAGGUGUCCAGUCUGGCUGCCAAUCUCAGUGUUGGUUCGCCGUCCAACCUGCUCUUGGGUAGAGAUGAAUGGUUGGGCCGGCCGGUGACCCACAUCCCUCAGGGCGCCAUGCUCACCGUCAACACCAACUCCGGCGUGAGCAUCAAGUCCGAGCCCGUCUCUCCCGGCCGGGACCGCAGUACGCCGUGCACUCUUGCUCCAUCGUCCACCACGCCGUCCUCCACGUCGGGGGGGGCCACCAUGACCGCUCCGCCCCAGUACCCCGGCUCUCUGCUGUGCCUGGAGCCCCCCACCGGCCGCUCGCCUGCCGACAGCGUGAGCAGCAACGCCAGCUCCUUUGACGGCAGCGACCGCGAUGACGCGGGCGGCAGAGCUGGGGGGGGCGGCGGGUCGGAGCUCCUCAGGGCGGCGGGCGAAGCGGAGCAGGACGGAGGAAACGUCAAGCGCAUGAGACUGGACUCCUGGGUCACAUAGAGGCCCCGCCCACACCAGCUUCUCUUGAACUCCUGGAACACGCCCCUCACUCCUUCUCCACCCCCAGCUGCCCCAACACCCCCCCCCCCACCACCACCACCGCCACGUGACACUAUCAUCACCCCCCACCCCCACCCUCAGCCGCUAAUCCCAGACUUUUCAGGGCUUUGCCAAAAAAACUUGACGAAGUAGAGAGAAUCUGGCGUGGAGGCGGGCGUCUGGCGUGGAGAUGGGCGUCGCCCCGCUGUAUCCCGCUGGAUCCCACUGGACCCCGCUGCGCUUCGUUUGGAGGACAGGAGAUUUUUACCUCCUUGAAGAAACUCCUCUGUUGUGAUUGGUUCUGCUGGUAGGAAUGUUUUCUACUGCAGUCACAUCAGGCCACGCCUACUUUCACUUUUCACAUGCUUUAUGCCUCGGGUCGUGACCCGCCGCCGUCACUCGCCGCCUCCCGCUCCUGCCAACCUCCUGUAAUAUCAGUGACGUCCAUUUUCACCGGAGCUGCACUAACGGAAAGAACCGGGAGGGUCACGCCGACCGGGCUGGACGAACUCCGCCUCUGCAGCGCUGGAGUCCAGCAUCCGAGCCGGGCGGCGGCGGGCCUCCCCGUCUGCGGGGCGGCUGCUCCUCCUCCCGGCUCCGGAAGCAUCAGAGCUUCUCGCCAGGAGGAGACGCCAUUCUUUGUACCCACAGGAAGUUGAGGAGCCUUUUGGCUCUUUCAGUCUGAACUUUCUUUAUCCGUUGAUGUUUUGAAAAUCGUCCAGAAGCAGAAACUCUGAGUCUGUAUGAAGCUUUGAUGUCCUCUUCAGCUCCAUCUCUCUGUAGCUCUCGGUGUUUCUCAGUGAGAGGACGGCGUUUUCUAUAUUUGUACCGCGUCCAGUCGGCGGGACGCUCCCGUAGCUUUUCAGCGUGUGUACAUAUGAAUCUAGUGGUGUAGGAUUCGCUCGUCUCCAUACAAGCGAGCGACGUGUUGAUCUCAGUGGAUCUGUUUGCAUAUUUGAGUGUGACUUUGACGUGUCGUGCUGCGGCGCAGGGGCGCCGCCGCCCUCGGUAGUAACGCCAGACCCUCUAGUUUCUAUUCUCGUGUUGAUGGUGUGCACACGGCGUCCCCGGCGAGGCGCCCUGCUUGUGGACUCGUCUUCUAGCCACAGGUUUUUUACGGCCCACAAUCAUAUGGAAGCUGUACGCGGUGAUGUAGUCCUUCUUCUUCUUCUUCUUCUUCUUCUUCUUGACGCUCUUCUUUAGGACACUGCUGGUCACUUAGUGUAGUUAUUUAGCCAUGAAACUCACUUUAAGGUUUCACGCUGCCACGGAGCAGACGGAGGCGCCGUCUUUAAAAUAAGGUAGUCACGUGAUGUGUUUAGGAUUAUUGUAUCUUCUCAUGAACCAUUUGGAGUGUAUGACCCCCCCCUGAGUGGAAGCGGGUCGCCCUGACCCGGGCUCCAGCCACGCCCUGCAGCGCUUUAGGGCCGCUGCUGCGCUUCACUUCUGUUGUCCUCCAACAAUCAGCGACCGUGGAGGAGAAACGUCUGCCCCCCAGUGGAGAAGACGAAGGGGCGGGAAGGCUUCUCCUGCCCCUAACCCUUGUGCUAUCUUAGAUGACCCCACCCUUACAUUGACGUGUUCUCCCUACCACGACAAAGGUGGAAAGAUUUCAUGUAACAUCAGUGAGGAUCACAAAUCUUUGAAGAAAAAAGGUUCAGAGCACUGUCUAGUGGGUCUAGAUGACCCAACUCCCAAUGGUAAAGUGCCUAGGAUAGCACAAGGGUUACAAACGUCACAUCUUCAGGUUCUGGUCCCCUUUUCAGCGGCAGUCGUGGUUCUUCUCCUGAAAGAGGAGCCGCUGUGUUCCAGACGGCAGCACGCCGUUCCGCUGAACGGGUCGACUGGAUGGAGGCAGAACCCAGCCGGUGUCAUCGAGGACCAAGGGACUCGCGUUAGAGAGCAGAGCGUCCGUCCGGAGAGACGCCGUCGUCCUCCGUUCAGCCGCAGACAAUCUGUGGAGUGCCGGGCGGGCGCCGGGUGGGCGCAGGGCGGGCCCCUCGUUAUCCGUGGUGUUUUUAGACUCACUCUUUUUGGGUUGGUUUGUGCCGGUGAGCGUUUCUUUGUCCAUUCUUAUGCUGAUAUUGUUCUGGAGCUUUUCUCCUGGAUGUUGGAGCAGGACGGCCUCCAGGCCCGGUUUCCUCUCAUCACAGACGUGUAGAACUGGGUUCCUCCAUCCGUUCUUGUGAUGUUCGCAGAUGCAAUGAAGGAAACACCGGUUUAUGCUGCAGUUUUGAUGAAGAUAUAGAAUAUAUUUAUAAAACAACAGAGUCAUUCAUGGAAUUUGAAAACACGCAUGGGAUCAGCCAUGAUCAGAUCAUCAGAAAGCGCUCAGAUUCAUGUAGCAUAUGAAAUACUAAAGAUGAAAUUUAUAGCUAAUAUAUUGUGUUGAGCUGGUCUGCUUUGGGUUUUAUUGUAAAGAAUUUCUUUUCUUUUCGUUUUUGAGGAUGAUAUACAGUUUGUGUAUAUUUUCAUAUUACAGUAUGCACUGAUAUGUUAUGAAAUUCUAUACCGCUUUUACAAAAAAGUGUUUGUUGUACCAAAGUAUCCAAGUCCCUUGACUCCUCCUCCUUUUGCGUAUGUUUUACCGUAUUUUAUAUAUUAAAUAGACAGAUGGAGUGAAACGAC